GGCGGAGGGACCCCUUGAUCUCGACCCCCCAUACCAGCCUCUCCCCUCUGGCGCGUCUUUGCGCGGGGCCGAGCCGUGAUCAGAGGGGGAGAGUCUUCCGGCCGGAGGCGAAGGCCUCGGAAAGUGGGCGCAAAAAGGGGGGGAAGGGAGUGGUGGCGCUUGGGGGGCAGGCGGGAGAUGCUUUUAAAGAAUUAUUAUAAUAGUAGGAAGAAAAUCGGGAGCGGAGAAAAUGCCUCCGCAGAGCAGAGCUGGUGGAUCCCAAUUCCUGUGGGGCGCAAACCGGUGGUCUUCCCUGGCACUGCUGGGAACAGGAGGCUGCCCCUGGUGAAUCUUUGAUCUGCUCCCGCAAGGCAGCUCCUUAGCUGUCAGAGGAGUGGAACCUCCAUGUGUAGAGGUAGUAUACCAGAGAACAAACGAUGCAGAAUAAUGUUACUUACAUUUUAAAUUAAUUAAAUACAUGUCUAAAUAAAUGGGGGGGGAGGUAUAAUUUAGCUUGAAAUGCGUUACACAUAACUGAGCUCCAUAAAUUGUCACUAACCUGCAAAUUAGUUGACCAGCAUCUCUGUACUUGUGUGAGAGGACUUCGAAAUAGUUGGGGCUGUUUAACUUAGAAGCCAAGGAAUGGGAGAGAGAUGAUAAAGGGGUGUAAAGUUAAGAGACAGCAGAUGGAGAAGUUUUCCUCCUUCCCUCAUAAUGCUUGAACCCAGGGCCAUCCCAGGAAGCUGAACGGGGGUGGGGGUGGGAAUUCAGCGCAUGCUAAAAAGAUGGAAGUCACCACCGCAACGUGGACGGAAGGCCAGGACUUGGACAGCUCCAAAUAGGGAUUAAAAUAUCUAUCUCAGGUACUUUUCAAGUGGACCUCACAAAGACUUCGUAGUACCCCAAAUAAGGACAGCAUUUGGCAGAUGUGAGAGAAGUCUCUUGGGCCCUGUUGGAGGCUUCCUGGGAGCACAGAAAUCAAAGAUGGAAAAGCAAGAUUCAGUUGCCCCUGAAGCAGGAAGAAGUCCAUAUAUCAUCCAUGCUGAGAGCCCUGGGGUAUUCUGGGAAAGAACCAGGCAGGUGAUCCUGGGUGAGGAGAACACCCUUAGCUCAGAUGUACAGUGCCUGCGUUUCAGACAGUUCUACUACCAAGAGGUCAACUGGCCCCGAGACAUUUGCAACCAACUCCACCACCUUUGCUGUGAGUGGCUGAAGCCAGAGCGCCACACAAAGAAUGAGAUCUUGGACCUGGUGAUCCUGGAGAAAUUCCUGGCUGUCCUUCCACCGGAGAUGGAGAACUGGGUGAGGGAAUGUGGAGCGGAGACCACUUCCCAGGCAGUGGCCCUGGCAGAAGGUUUCCUCCUAAGCCGGGCAGAGGACAAGAAGCAGGCAGAGCAGCAGGUCAAGGGUCUGUUUGCAGAAGUGGCCACUGAUUUCCUUGAAUCACAGGAGGCUCCAUCGGACGCCAGAGAGUGUUCCCUGCAGAGCGGGAACAUUCAGGAGAGUGAGAGACUUGCCAGUUCACUCGGUGAUCAAAUGAGGCCAGCAAGACCUCCUCAACCAUCUCUUUUUUGUGGUGGUGGUGAAGAAGCAGCUGCUGUGGAGAAGGGUCCCAUGUCCUUUGAGGAGGUGGCUGUGUGUUUCACCGAGGAGGAGUGGGCUUUGCUGGAUCCCCACCAGAGGGCGCUGCACAGGGAAGUCAUGGAGGAGAAUUGUCAGAUUCUCACCUCUCUUGGUUAUGAAUGGGAAGCCGAGAAUCAGGGAGAACGACACAGGGUGUUCCCUGAAAGAGCCACAUGUAUUAAGGGGGAGCAACAGAGAAGGAGAACUGUAGAAGAAGAGAAAAGGAGGAAUAAACCCCCUACUCCUCAGGGCAGUGACUGCCAACAAAUCCUGGUCCAAGAAAAAAUGGAAAAAAGGAAAGAAACUAAUACAAAGUUCACUACACAUCAAAGAACUCAAACAGUGGAGAAACCAUAUAAAUGCUUAGAGUGCGGAAAGAGCUUCCGUCAGAAGGCAGACCUCACUCCUCAUCAAAGAAUACACACAGGAGAGAAACCAUAUAUAUGCUCUGAAUGUGGAAAGAGCUUCCGUCAGCAGGGACAUCUCACUUCUCAUCAAAGUAUUCACACUGGGGAUAAACCAUUUAAAUGCCUGGAGUGUGGAAAGAACUUCACACGUAAAGAUAGUCUCACUACUCAUCAAAUUAUUCACACAGGGGAUAAACCAUUUAAAUGUUUGGAGUGUGGAAAGAGCUUCUUUUGGAAGGCAGACCUCACUAUUCAUCAAAGAAUUCACACAGGGGAGAAACCAUAUAAAUGCUCUGAAUGUGGAAAGAGCUUCAUUAGAAAGUCUCAUCUCACUGCUCAUCAAACAAUACACACAGGAGAGGAACCAUUUAAAUGCUUGGAGUGUGGAAAGAGCUUCUGUCUGAAGACAAAUCUCACUAUUCAUCAAAGAAUUCACACAGGGGAGAAACGAUUUAAAUGCUUGGCAUGUGGAAAGAGCUUCUUUUGGAAGGCAGACCUCAGUAUUCAUCUAAGAAUUCACACAGGGGAGAAACCAUUUAAAUGCUCUGAAUGUGGAAGGAGCUUUAUUAGAAAGUCUCAUCUCACUUCUCAUCAAACAAGACACACAGGGGAGAAACCAUUUAAAUGCUUGGAGUGUGGAAAGAGCUUCACAUGUAAGGGUAGUCUCACUACUCAUCAAAGAAUUCAUACAGGAGAUAAACCAUUUAAAUGUCUGGAGUGUGGAAAGAGUUUCUUUUGGAAGAUAGAGCUCACUACUCAUCAAAGAAUUCACAGAGGGGAGAAACCAUAUAAAUGCUCUGAAUGUGGAAAGAGCUUCAUUAUAAAGUCUCAUCUCAAUUCUCAUCAAACAAGACACACAGGGGAGAAACCAUUUAAAUGCUUGGAGUGUGGAAAGAGCUUCUGUCUGAAGACAAAUCUCACAUUUCAUCAAAGAAUUCACACAGGGGAUAAACUAUUUAAAUGUUUGGAGUGUGGAAAGAGCUUCUUUUGGAAGACAGACCUCACUACGCAUCAAAGAAUUCACACAGGCGAGAAACCAUAUAAAUGCUCUGAAUGUGGAAAGAGCUUCUGUCAGAAAACAGACCUCGCUCCUCAUCAAAGAAUACACACAGGAGAGAAACCAUAUAAAUGCUCUGAAUGUGGAAAGAGCUUCCGUCAGCAGGCACACCUCACUACUCAUCAAAGAAUUCACACAGGGGAGAAACCAUUUAAAUGCUUGGAGUGUGGAAAGAGCUUCACACGUAAGGGUAGUCUCACUACUCAUCAAAGAAUUCACACAGGGGAUAAACCAUUUAAAUGUUUGGAGUGUGGAAAGAGCUUCUUUUGGAAGACUGACCUCACUACUCAUCAAAGAAUUCACACAGGGGAGAAACCAUAUAAAUGCUCUGAUUGUGGAAAGACCUUCCGUCAGAAGACACAUCUCACUUCUCAUCAAACAAUACACACAGCAGAGGAGCCAUUUAAAUGCUUGGAGUGUGGAAAGAGCUUCUGCCUGAAUAAAAACCUCAGGUUUCAUCAAAGAAUUCACACAGGGGAGAAACCAUAUAAAUGCUCUGAAUGUGGAAAGACCUUCCGUCAGAAGACACAUCUCACUUCUCAUCAAAGAAUUCACACAGGGGAGAAACCAUACAGUUGUUUGGAGUGUGGAAAGAGCUUCACACAGAAGAUGAGUCUCAUUUCGCAUCAGUGUAUUCACAUGGGAGAAACCAUUUAAAUGCUUGAAGUGUGGAAAAUUUUUUUAUCAGAAGGUAUAUUUCAUUUUGCAUGAAAGAAUUCAUACAGAGGAGCAACCAUAGAAAUGCAUACAGUUCUUAUCGAUGAAUUCACAAGGGAGAAACUGAAUAAAUGCUUGCCAAUUGGACACACCACGUUUCUCAUCAAAAAUGCCACGCUUAUGAAAAGUUAUAGAGGAGGGACAGUAUAGAAGAGGGUUGAAUAUGAAAUAUGAUUCUGUUACUAUUUAACCCUCAUUUCAGAUUGGAGAUGGGGUGGUGGGGGAUGUGGCCUGGAUGAUGGCACAUGGCUUGUCCGGGGAUCUGAGAACCAGAUGGUGAGGGCUUGAAACCCACAUUCAUCUCCCAAGCCUAGGGUUCCUCAAACCUGCUAUAGAUACAGAUUAACACAUACCACUCCACCACAUCCACUCCGAGAAAGCCCAUGCCCAUGAAAAAAAUUGAAGAUUUUAUUAUCUUCUCAAUGGGCGUAAAUAAAGGGGUCUAUCACAAGGGGUUUCUAAGAGCCUUGGUUAGACCUGAGUGGAAUAGUAGAAUUCACCCCCACAAUGAGGUUUGUAAGAGUUUUCCAUUGCAAUACUGCAUCCUGUUUUGCUCUGAGGAGGCUGGAAUUGAGAAGUAUAGCAUCACAUUGGAGUAUGUGCAUGUGUGUGUAAGCCUAAAAUGCAAAAUAUAUUCAGCCUCAGAGUUUUGACAUAGAUUAAUAUCUGAUUAGGUAGGAGGGCAUGGGUUUUGGAAGUGUAUAAAGGACUGUGCACACCAGGAAAUUAUGUUGCUCCCUGACCAUAGAGACAACUGUGUUGUCUCAGCCUAACUCUUAGGCCCAGAAGCCUGGGCAUUGCUUUUGGGGAAAGGGGUGUGUUCCUCUGCUAAGUUCUUCUGCUGGCAGAGUAUCAAGGAUUACCUCAGUGCUUGCAAGAAUCCAUUUUUGGUAGCUUUGCUGUCUGAAAGUGAGUGUGUGUGUAUGCUUGCAUUUUCUCUUUUCCACUUUUAAUAAAG